AUGACGGAUUCAUCGAAGCAGAAACCGAAAAAGGAUUUUACAACUAAUAAGAAUCCUCGCGAUAUCAAAAAACCAUCAGAAGUUGCUCGAACAACUUCCAAUGCAUCUGAAAAAACACCAAAAAGUACAAAAUUUGUGACCUAUGAACCCAAAAAAGAUCAAGUUCAUGAAUUCGAUGUUGAUGUAUUGGGAAGUUGGGAACAGUCUUCUGGUACAUUGUCGUAUAAUUCUGCACGCUCGCUCAGCUCAAUUUUGAACCAUGGCAAAGGCAAAAGUAUCAAAAUGUUAGACUUGAAUGCGUUACGCCAGGCAAAAUUGAAUCAGCGCUUAAUACGUAAUACAAUGCCUCCUCAGAAAACUUUGUCAGCAAAAGCACUACGUAAUAUCAAUGAAGCACUGCGUCAAGAACAGAUUCAAGGGCAUUCAGUCAAUCGCAUUAUUGUGAAAAGUAAACAAGACACGGCUACGGAACGCUAUGAAUUAAUUUCAAAAAUUUGUAAUGAUGCCAUAAGGGAAUUUAUGACAUCCCAUAAUCGAAAUAAUAAACUAUUAGAAAUAAUAUGCGAAUGUGGUGGUGACUUACCUCCUCGUACUACAAUUAAUGGCAUCAGAGCAGCUCCUACGAUAAAAUUAAAUGGCAAAAAUGAUUGUGAUAUGGGCCUACAAACACUGAUAUACAAAUCAAAACACCCAAUGAACCAUCUUUCUACGUGUUCUCCAGCGUUGCCAUAUUCAUCAGCUAAUACUUUUAGUAGAUGCUCUAUUGAAAAGUACGUGAAAAUAUUAAAUCAACGUUGGAAGUUUCAAAAGCAGCAAUAA